AUGGGUGACUAUUUCCGACCUUCUACGAUGUAUGCCUGGAGAAAGCACAAGGGGAAAAGUGAACCAGUUUGGGAGGAGUUACCAGUCCCAGCUACUCCACAGGAUGGAUUUCUCAUCAAAAUACUAGCAUCUGGAGUAUGCCAUAGUGACCAGCCUUUGCUGGAAAUAGAAGAUAGGCCAAAUUUCAACGAAAAGUAUAUUUUGGUAAGGUCUCACGGGUUAGAUCUACCGUCACUAGGCUUACCCGCCACUUUACCCAGGGCCAUGAAGGAUGUGGAGAAAUCAUCGAGAUUGGAGAAGGAGUCAAAGAUUCUAGUUUCAAAUUGGUUAGUCCACCAAUUUACCAACUCGGGUGAUAGGGUGGCUCUAUUGGCAGUUCCUGGGUGCGGGCUUGAAAGCUGCACAGAGUGCUCGCGUGAUUUAUCUCAGCUCUGCUCGGUAGGAACGCACCACGGCAUUGGCCAAGAUGGAUUCUACGCAGAAUAUACAGUAGUCAAUGCUCGCGCUGCAAUCCCACUUCCUGAAGGUAUACCCCCUGCUGUCGCUGCCGUUGCCACAGAUGCCGUGACCACGGUUUAUCAUGGCAUCACACGUCGAGCAGAGGUCAAAAAAAAGGAAACCGUAUUUUUGUUUGGGCUCGGGGGUCUUGGUUUCAACGCGCUCCAGAUUGUACGACAUAUCGGAGCUCGUGUUAUUGUUUCGGAUGUGCGUCAAGAAAAGCUAGACGCGGCUUUAUCUCUGGGUAUUCCAGCAGGCGAUAUUGUGCCGGUCGGAAAGUCAAUCCAAUCUUUCGUCCAGGAAAAGGGACUACAGGGAAAAAUUGAUACAGUACUUGAUAUUGUCGGCAAACACCAGACGUUUGAAGACGCCCAGCAUAUUGUCCGCAUCGGAGGCAAGAUUUUAUGCGUGGGUACAUUGGAUCGUAAAAACGAGAUAGACAUGAAAAUAGGUAUCCGGAAAAGGUUGAGUAUUAUUUUCACAUAUGGUGGACAGCAGCGUGACCUGGUGGAGGUGCUUGAUCUAAUCAGUCAAAAAGUUAUACAACCGCAAGUUGAGCUGGGCAGAUUGUCUGAUUUCCCAAAGGUUUUGAAGGACCUGGGAACUGGGAAAAUCAAGGAUAGAAUGGCUCUAGUGUCCGACUUGAUUGAUCCUUGA